CCACUCUCAUUUCUCCUUUCACGUUUAUCAUCUCGGCGUGCGCUUAAAAGAAAGAGUUCCAGUGCGACAGCUCCACUAAUCUGUUCCUGCACUUUACAAUGCAUACGCUACGGAGUCAGUGGCUCGGAGCUGUGGCCGUCAUAGCCCUGCAACUUAGUCUUAGUUUCGCCGAGAUAGGUCCUUACCCUGAACUGAGACCGGACCUUGAGAGAUACCAAGAUGCCCGAAGGUGCGGGCGGAAGAACGAAGACUACUACCUUGUCUACAGAAACUUCCUCUACGAUUCAAACUACGGCGUAACUUCCAAAUGUGUCAAGUUCCAUGCAAUCGAAAUAUUCGGAGACACCCAGACGUCAGCGAAGUACUCCUGGAGCGCUCCCGGCUACGGACGCCAAUACUUGCACGGCCGACAACAUCUUGCUUCAUCUCCAGGAUACUCGAUCAGAAAUCUGCACACCAUCACUUUCCACCAUAUGCCCGGGGUAUGGCGACAUCACACCAUUUAUAAAAACUGCUACAGCUGUUACAUUGCCCGUCAUCAUUAUGCCCGUGGUGGAUAUGGCUGCUCGUUGUGGCGGCCUGCGUCAGUGAUUGCUCAGAACCGCAUCGACUACUGCGACUUCAUCUUCGACGCCCUCUGUGGCUCCUCUCCGAAGUACUACAUCUAUGACCCGGCAUGCGAACGAACGCCGAACGUCUUUGUCACCAACACGGCACCAUGGGAUGAGUGACUCGUGGAAAUGGAUCAAUGUUGUGGUCAUUCUCGAAAUGCACAGUAAUCCGGAGCAUGCACUGGAAUAAAGAUGUCAUGCUGCCUAGAAAUACAGCAGUGAAUACAAACGUCAUCAAGUGAACAUGGAUCACGACCUAUUAGAUUAAUUUCAUCAUCG